UAGCUCGUCACCUAACGGGAUCCUAAAUUAAGAGUCCAUGUUUUAGAUAAAAAGCUGGAUGGAUCUGAGAUAACAUGGAAGGAAAAUCAUGGAAGGCUCGUUCUCUGGGUCUGUGUCAGCCUGACAUUGCAAACCGGCAUCUGAGUUCAGCCCCGCUUUGCACAGCCACUGCACGAAGGAGGGAUUCACGGGGUGUCAGGAGCUGUGUCCUCAACUGGGGAGGUGCCCUGGGGACCCCCCUCACACCCACCCCCCUCACAGCCAGCCCACACCGAUUUAGAAGCCACAAGGUGUAGAUCCAUCCUCCUUCCCUCACACAGAACCGUCACACUGAAGGGUAACUGCAUGUCAGGAUGGCAACUUCAAACCUGGAGAACCAGCUCCAGAGUGCCCAGAAGAAUCUGUUGUUUCUCCAGCGAGAACAUGCCAACACACUGAAAGGCCUGCACGCUGAGAUCCGCCGCCUGCAGCAGCACUGCACAGAUUUAACCUAUGAGCUGACUGUAAAGAGUUCAGACUUGUCAGGAAUUGGUAGUUCAAGAAGUGAUGAACUCAAAAGAAAGUGUGAAGAUCUUGAGGCUCAGCUGAAAGUCAAAGAGGCUGAAAAUAAUGAAUUAUUGAAAGAACUCGAACAAAAGAAUGCGAUGAUAAUGGUGCUGGAAAACACAAUUAAAGAAAGAGAAAAGAAGUACUUGGAAGAGUUAAAAAUGAAAAGCCAUAAGCUCAAUAUGCUGUCAAGUGAACUAGAGCAGAGAGCGAGCACUAUUGCUUAUUUAACUUCUCAACUGCAUGCGACUAAGAAGAAGCUGAUGAGUUCAAGUGGGACUUCGGAGGGGACCCCUUCUGGCAGCCCCGUCCUGUCCAACUAUAAGCCGUCCCCUCCCAAAGAUAAACUGCCGGAGACUCCGCGGCGCAGAAUGAAGAAGAGCCUGUCGACACCGCUGAACCCCGAGUUUGAAGAGGCCUACAGAAUAGGGUCGGAUAGCCGGAAGCUGCUGCUAAGGGAGCCUGUGGAUGCCAUGCCCGAUCCCACUCCGUUUCUGCUGGCCCGGGAAACGGCAGAGGUGCAUCUUAUUAAGGAGAGGCCGUUAGUUAUUCCGCCUAUUGCUUCGGAUCGUGCAUCCGGUGAAUCGCAGAGCCCAGCCCGAGAGAAGCCGCACAAGGCGCACAUCGGGGUGGCGCAUCGCAUCCACCACGCCGCGCCGCCCCAGCCUCAGCCGGAGGUGGAAACGCUGGCGGUGGAUCAGGUCCAUGGCAGCAAAGUGGUCAGAAAGCACUCAGGGACAGACAGAACUGUUUGAGUAAAUCACUGAAACGCUCUACUCUGUGGCUGUUUAUGCACUGUGAUCCUGUAGGAUAAAGAGCACCUGCAGUAAAGUUUCUUUUGAUGCCCCAUGCAUGCCAAACUUCUUCCAGAUACAUCAUUAAUAGAUUAUGCUCCUCUAAUGAAACCUAAUAGGACUGUGUUCAUAUGGCAAGGUAUAUAACUACUAAAUGCUGUGGCCAAAUCAGGGGUACCUGACCGCUUGCUUCUGAGCACUGCUCCAUUUAUGUAACUACACACGUGGACAAAGGCACAGGCUGCAGGCUGCAUUAUUAAUCAAUAUUAGUGAAAACAAAUUUAACUCUAAACCUGCAGCGGUAUGUAUUGGCUGUUGAAGUAUGAACUUGCAGUGGUUCUUUUGUCUUCACUGUGUAUGUAAGCACUUCAUACCCAAACAUCUCCAUAACAAAGCCUUUCACACAGUAGCAUUGGAAAUAGUGCAGAUGUACGUACACUUUAAAAUGAACUGAGGGUGUCUUUUCCUUCACGUGCACAUGCUCUUGAUUGCAAAUUGUGUUCACAGUUUUUCUUUCUCCAAAUCCUGAGAGUCCCAGCAAGUGUUACUUGAUUAAUCCUAAACGCUUUGGUUUGUGGCUUUGUUUAAGUGAAAAAUGGGGCGGGGGGUGGGGGGGGGACAAAGCACUCUUUAAAAGGGUUAGUGCUCCUCAUAGACAAGUAUGAACACGGGGUUGUUGGGGGGAGGGGAGGGGGGGUGUUUGUGUGUUUGACUUUUGUUUUAUUUUAACCUGAAUGGCUCCAUCACACAUUUUACACUAGUCAGUACACUGCACUUGUAGCACCUUCCAUACUGGCUCAGAGCUCCUUUUCCAGGGAGAAAACGUAACUGUCUAUCCAAUAUGGAAAUGGUUCUUUAUGCUCUAACCUGCACUUUUUUUGUAAAGGGUUUCUUCUUGUUUCCUGAAAACCUUAGUCUUGUUCUGGGCAUUAUCAGACAGUGCUGGCUUCUGCCAGCUUAGAAACCUGAGCUGUCCUCUAAAAUAUAUUUAGUUUUAAAUGUAAGUGAUGUAACCAAUUCUUACAGGCAGAAAACCUGGCAUCCUCGACACUCACCUUCGUGGAUGGGGACGGACUCGCCUUGCACUUGCCCUGCUUCCCCUGCUCCUCCCUAGUAAGCAACAGGUAGACCCAACACCUGUUAGACUACUUGAUUAUUUUUUAAUUAUUUUUUUUCCCUAGGAAAGAAAGGCAUACCGCGAGCUGUGAGAGUAUGUAAUUUUGGGAAAGGUGCACAUAUUUGACCAGUUUUCUUAAAUUCUGAUCAGCGCCUCCAGCUCACCUCUGCUUCGCUCUUGUCUGCAGCCUCUGAGUAGGACCAGCAAGAAACAACGGCUCCCAAAUGCUGCUAAGCUUAUGAUGUGCCUUCGAAACCUCGGAACGCGUAAUCUCUGUGAAGGCUGGUGAAGGAUCCCUGCCUGCCCUCUUUCCUUCCCCUUGCCAGCUGUACUCUGCCCCUCGUAAGCUUUUUCUGCCGCUGUGUUGGUGUGUGUCUCCCUCUGGAGCCCCGGCUCCCUGUCCCUCUGUCAGCCUGCCCCCGAGGCGCUGGCAGGGUGACAGAAGCUGUUCUUCCCCACUGUGGUACUGCUGAGUUUCCCGUGCAGCAUGGCGCCUCACAGCAGGGUGUUCCCGGCCAGAGCAGGUUCCAACAUCCCCUCGCCCCCCGCACUCUCACGACUCAGUCGCUCGCUGUUCUGAAGCCCAAGAAACGCUCUGCAGUGUGAGGCCGUGCUGGUUGGGGGGUAGGAUUUGUAUCAUGAAGGGCAGGGGGGUAGGGAGAAGCCAUGUUCCUGGAGAAAAGUUGGUUAAAGAAAGUUUGUUAGUCUGUGGUUUACUAUUUUGAAGUGUAUUGCAGUAACCAGUUUUUUGGUUUUGGCUUCUUUGGUGAUUGUUGCCAUAUUUUUAUGGCAAUCUGUUGUAUGACUGAUCUACCCUGCUGCUUGUUCAAGGAUGGAAGGCACCGCUUCUAAGCACAGCAGAAGUGAUGCUUUGGGCAAUUAAAAACACUUCUUACAACCCUAUGGGCAAACCCCA